AUGAAGAAAGGAAGGAGGGAUCCAGAAGCAAAAGGAGGAGAGAGGGAAGAAGAGGAGGAGCAGCCCGAAAUGAAAAGAUGUAAGACGGCAAAAAGAAGGAAGAAUAUCAAAAAUGAAAAUGCGAGAAAAAUGGAGGAGGAAGAGGAGGAAGCUGAGGUCAGAAAUGCCAAGAGGAAAAAGAAACAUGCCAAAAGAGAGAAAGGAGAGAGAGAAGAGAGAGAAGAGGACGGAGGUAAACGGAGAGUGAAGGAGAAAGCUCGAGAAGGGAGGAGGAGAACGCACACGAGAGUAGAAACAAGUUCCGAGCCGGAGACGAGUGAGGAAGACGAGUUGGAAGAGGAGAGCGAGGAGAGCGAGGUGCGGCCGGAGAGUCUGUCUCCGGAGGAGCUGGAGAUGCUGAAGGAAGCCGUGUACGAGAGGAAGAAGCUGGUCCAGGGCCUGAGGGGGAAACCCUGGCCCAUGAAGGAGAAACUCGUCACGUUACGGGAGUCUCAGGAGUUUGUGGAGAAAUAUGAGGGAGCUUUGGGGAAAGGGAAAGGCAGGAAGAUCUACGCCUACAAAGUCAUGAUGUCCAAGAAAUGGAUGAAGUUUCAACGGGACUUUGAAAACUUCAAAACUGCCUGCAUCCCAUGGGAGAUGAAAAUCAAGGAGAUUGAAAGUCAUUUUGGCUCCUCGGUUGCUUCUUACUUUAUCUUCCUGAGGUGGAUGUACGGCAUCAACAUGAUCUUAUUUUGUCUGACGUUUGGCCUCGUUAUGGUCCCAGAGGCGUUAAUGGGGCGGCCCUACGGCACCAUCCCAAGAAAGACCGUCCCCAGGGCUGAGGCGGCCAGUGCCAUGGACUUUGCUGUCUUGUGGGACUUUGGAGGUUAUGCUCAGUAUUCAGUCCUCUUCUACGGUUACUACAACAACCAGCGUGCUAUUGGCUGGCUCAAGUUCCGUAUGCCGCUGUCAUACUUCCUGGUUGGUGUGGGAACGGUGGCCUACAGCUACAUGGUGGUCAUAAGAACGAUGGCACGUAACGCAAAUGAAUCGGGGGUCGGUGACGAUAACAGCUUUAAUUUUAGCUGGAAGAUGUUCACCAGCUGGGACUACCUGAUAGGAAACCCUGAGACUGCAGACAAUAAGUUUGCCUCCAUCACUACCAGCUUUAAGGAGGCGAUCUUAGAGGAGCAGGAGAGCUGUAAGGACGACAACAUUCAUCUGACUCGUUUUCUACGCGUGCUGGCCAACUUCCUGGUCUUGUGCUGCCUGGCGGGAAGUGGAUACCUCAUCUACUUUGUAGUGCGUCGCUCUCAGAAGUUCGCCCUCGAAGGACUGGAGACUCACACCUGGUGGGAAAGGAAUGAGGUGAACAUGGUCAUGUCGUUACUGGGGAUGUUCUGCCCCAUGCUGUUCGACGUCAUCAGCGCGCUGGAGAACUACCACCCCCGAGUCGCCCUGCAGUGGCAGCUGGGACGCAUCUUCGCCCUCUUCCUCGGGAACCUCUACACCUUCAUCAUCGCACUCAUGGACGAGAUCAACCUCAAAAGGGAAGAGGAGAAGAUCAUAAAGUUUAAUAUCACCAUGUGGGAAGCCAGUCUUUACAAUGCGACAGGAUCAGAAAACAGCACAGCUCUCCCCGUCACUUUCCAUCCAGCUGAUGUUCCCAGAGGGCCGUGCUGGGAGACCAUGGUGGGCCAGGAGUUUGUCCGGCUGAUCAUUUCUGACACCAUGACUACGUACAUCACGCUGCUGAUCGGCGACUUCUUGCGAGCCGUGCUCGUUCGUUUUCUCAACUACUGCUGGUGUUGGGACCUGGAGGCCGGGUUUCCGUCGUACUCCGAGUUUGACGUCAGCGGGAACGUUUUGGGUCUAAUCUUCAACCAAGGAAUGAUAUGGAUGGGAGCUUUCUACGCCCCGUGCCUGCCGGCGCUGAACGUCCUGCGGCUCCACGUGUCCAUGUACCUGCAGUGCUGGGCCGUGAUGUGCUGCAACGUGCCCCAGGAACGCGUCUUCAAGGCCUCCGGCUCCAACAACUUCUACAUGGCCAUGUUGCUGGUCAUCCUCUUCCUUUCCACGCUGCCGGCCAUCUACACCAUCGUCACCAUCCCACCUUCCUUCGACUGCGGACCCUUCAGUGGGAAGAAACGUAUGUUUGAUGUGAUCCAGGAGACUCUUGAGUCAGACUUCCCUGCCUGGUUUAGUAAAGUGUUCAGCUAUGCCUCUAACCCCGGACUGGUGCUACCCUUCAUAUUGCUCAUGGUACUGGCCAUUUAUUACUUGCAAUCCACAUCCAAAAGCUACAAAGAAGCUAACGUGGACCUGAAGAAAAAACUACAGACGCAAAAUGAGGAGAACAAGAGGAAGAACAAACUGGCGGCGCUGAAGGCCCAGACGGACCUGGAGGAGGCCAGAGCUGCGACGCAGACGGCCGAGCAGAAGAACAACAACGCUUCACUACAACACCAACACGCAGAGGAGGAAGAAGACCUCGGCAGUAGUCAGAGGAAGAACGGACGCCCUCCUCCUUCAGUUAGACACCAAGAUGGCCGGCCUCCGGCCACCAGAGCCCCCGCCCCCAGGACCCUUCACCCUGACACCCACAGGUCUCUGGGGUACCUGCCUGGGGGCGGGUUCCCUCAGCAACGGGAACCCAGAAUGCACCGGGUCCCGAGCCUGCAGAGACACUGAGGGACGGAAAAACAGGACGUUAGCAGAUGUCAAUCAAAACAAGCACUUUAAGGAGAAUUUCCAUUGUUAGUCAGUUAUUUUGCUUUUUAAACUGUGUAUUCUGUUGGUAUUUUGAAUUAGUAGCCUGGUUGUUUCUUUGUUUACUAAAUAAACGUUAACAAGG